AUGUCGGUCGAGGAAGCAGUGACUGAGGCACUUCAGGCGCCAAUGGACCAGAAUGCGCAAGCCGCUGAAGAGGCUAAGAAGAUGUUAGCUGAGCUGGAAGGUGAAGCUGCCGUCAAAGAUGAGCCUGAGAAGACAAAUGGAACGGCAGAGUCGAAACCAGCGGAAGAAGCUCCAAAAGAGUCUGAGAGUGCUACAGCAGAGGAGGCCGGAGACGAGGAACAGAAUGCUACAGAGAACAAAGCUGAGCGUCGCGAUCGCGGUCGAUCAGACCACAAUAGUCGGGGCCGCGGUCGAGGUCGAGGCGGUCACAGCAACUACAACUCCCGGAGUUAUCGCGACAACAUCAAGUCCGAUCUCACGACGCUAGAGGAGACCGAUGACCCAGUGGCUAUCCGGAAACAGGUGGAAUUCUACUUCUCCGACUCCAACCUUCCCAAGGACAAAUUCCUCUUUGCGCAGACGGGCGGUGUUGAGAACAAACCUGUCGACCUUCGAGAAAUCCACAAAUUCAAGCGCAUGCGCCGCUUCCAGCCCUUUGAGGCUAUUGUCGAGGCCCUGCGGGAGUCCAAGACACUCGAACUCACUGAUGAUGACACCCACGUGCGCCGAAAAGAUCCGCUCCCCGAAAACUUUUUUGAGGCUGUUACGCAGGCAGCUGACCCCCGCACCGUGUAUGUGAAGGGCUUCGGCGAGGAGAAUGCAAACACCCAAUUCGACAUCGAGGCAUUUUUUGAUCCAUAUGGCCCCACUCGGGCGGUGCGCUUGAGACGAAACGACGAGAAGUUCUUCAAGGGCAGUGUCUUUGUGGAGUUCGAGACCGAGGAACUGGCACAGUCGUUUCUGGAACUGGACCCCAAACCGAAGUACCAAGGCAAAGAUCUCCUCAUCAUGAGCAAGACCGAGUACACCAGUAAGAAGACGGCGGAUCUCAAUGCAGGCAAGAUCACGUCCAACAACAAAUACCACAGGGGAGGUAGACAAGAUCGUUACAACGAUCGCGGCGGCCGAGACGGAGGCAAGCCCAAACGUGACGAUGAUCCUCGAGACUGGAGAACACGUCGGGACGAAGAUCAGAAGCGUGGAUUCAGGGAUGACAAGCGGCGGGGACACCGCAAUGGUCGCGAUUUCCGAGGUGACAGAAACAAAGGACCUGAAACAGACGAUAGGGGCAUUCCAACAAUCAAGACCACUUCCAUGAAGACCGACAGCGGUCGUGAAGAAGCUCUCGCAAAGGCCAAAGCCGCGGUUGAAGCCGAAGUCAAAAAGGAACAGAAGGCUGCAGACGAUGUCGAGUCGACGGAGCAAGGCGGCGACGCCGAUGCCUCUUCAAAGACCGCUAACACCGUCGCCGAAAGUGUUCAAGCUGAUGCGGAAGCCACUGCUGGGAAGAAGCGAGCACGAGAGGACGACGACGGGGAAGCUGAGCGAGAAGCCAAAAAGGUGGACGUCAAGUCUGAGGCAUCGGUCAAAAAUGAAUGA